AUUAUGUCACUGGAGGUUUUGCUGUCUCUUUUUUCAAUGCCUCCCGAAUAUAUAAAACACAGUCACUGGAAAUUUCGCCUCCAUACCGAAGAGGAAUCAAUGGCAUUCGGAGAUAGGAAAUAUUGAUUUCAAUGUCUCAGCAAUGGUGCAGACCCUAAGGAUAUAUUGGGCUGUCAUAACAACGGUUCAGCCACUAAAAGCAAUAGAUUGGACUUUCACCGAAUUUCAUGAGAAUUCUAAAAAAACAGAUUGGCAUGUUGCAACAAUGAACAGAAGUCUCAGCACAGCCCUUCACCAUCUCUCUACACGCUACGACGAGCUGCCUUUAAAAAUUCGAAUCAAAUACGUGCUUCGGGUUCUUCAAGCAAUUUACUAUCCCAUCCUCGCGAUUGUUGGUCUCACUGUUAACGUUGUAACGAUUGUCAUCCUGUCUCAGGGAAAAUGUGGUCUCUCCCGAUGCAUUACACGUUACCUGGUGGCCAUGUCAGUGGCAGAUUUACUCGUUGUAAUCCUAGAUCUGAUGCUGAGACAGACUCCAAUUGUUUUUAAGAGGCAGUUUCUUUUCCUAAAGUCUGUGCCUUUGUGUAAUGUCCAUGCUGUCCUGUUGUAUACAGCUAUUGAUUGUUCUGUAUGGUUCACUGUUGCUUUCAGCUUUGAUCGUUUUGUAGUCCUUUGUUGCAGCAAACUGAAAAGUAAAUACUGCACUGAGAGAACAGCGGCUGCAGUUCUUGGAUUAAUGACUGUUUUGAGUGGUUUGAAGAAUAUAUUCUGGUAUUUUAUGUUUACAGGUUUGUAUCGACUUCAUAAAGAACCCUGGUUUUGUUAUGUAUCAAAAGGUGUUCAGUUGUCUUUGUUCUGGGGUUCCAUCGAGUUUGCCCAUUAUAUACUCACCCCAAUUGUCCCAUUUUUCACAAUUCUGCUAUUAAACGCAUUCACAGGAAAACAUGUUUUAAUGAACACCAAUGUACGCAAGAGACUCUGGACUCGCAGCAUGGUCGCUAACAUAAAAGAUGCAGAGGUGGAAAAUAGAAGAAGAUCCAUAAUUUUACUCUUCCUCAUCUCUGCUAAUUUGAUCCUAUUGUGGUCACCGUUGUUGAUUUCUACAUUUUGGACGCGGAUGAAAUUAUUGGGGUAUGCUGUAUGGCUUGAUCAAUUUUGGCGAGAUAUUGGCUUCAUGCUGCAACUUCUGAGCUGUUGCACAAACACUUGCAUUUAUGUUGUGACACAGAAACUGUUUCGAAAGCAGUUGAAGAAUGUUCUACUGUACUUACUUACUCUGAAACCCCAAGCCAUUCAAUGAAGUAUUCAUUCCACCACUGACCGCAUCAAGCACUUUUUUAUUGUUCUUUACAUUUGGCAGACAGUCAACUCGACAUUUUUAUUUGGUAAAAUGUCAGUUUUGAUCCUCAUUGUAUUUCAAGAAAUAAAGUAAUACCUGAUCAUCAUUGUAGCAGUAGAGAGGGUCUGUCACACAUGAUCAUUUAUGGGUAAAACAGCGAAUGUUAUGCAAA